AUGCGGUCUAGGCUGAACAACAAGAGCGCCGUCUAUGCAGGGAAGGAUGCGAUGGAUCUUAGUUCGUGGGAGAGCUCCACCUGUCCCUCGAUCGAGAUCAAGGAGGUUGGGGAAUACCAAUUUGCGCAAAAAAAGAGCACCAACUGGAAAUUAGCCAGAUAUCAUUCCAGCUUAUCAGGUCACUUGGCUCACAAUGGCAUCCUCUUUCGUGCCUUGAAGAAGAGCAAUGAGGCACAGAAGGCGGUGCGCACCCAUCCACAAUGCUUACGUUACCUCAUCCGGGUAACCCCAGAGAUUUGA